AUGAUAACAGAUAGAAGUGAUCAAAUGGACAUAGAAUAUUAUGGUAAACUACACCACGUGAAAGUUAUGGAUGUAGCUACAAUUAGAGAUUAUACACAAAAUGGAAUGAAAUAUUCCGUUGUUUCAAAUACACAGAGUAAUAAAUAUAUUUGCUUGUAUAUAAAUAAUGAAAAAGAUGUAUGUAAUAGAGAGGAGGUUUCUUCCCUCUUAAAAAUGGGUACCAAAUGUUUGCAAAAUAAUUCUAAUAUAAAUGAAUAUUAUGAUUUUGGAAUAAUAAAGUUGCAUAAAAUAAAUAAUAAAAACUGUAAAAAAGUAAAUAGUUAUAUUAAAUGUGUUAGCAAAAAAUUGUCAAGCUUCAGUAAGAAUAUAGAAAAAGUGAAAUCCUGUAAAAUUUUCCACAGUGAUAAUAAUAAAUAUAACAAGUACUCGCACCUGCGUAUUCAUAGAAUGAACCAACGAAUAACCGCCUCAAAAAAGAGCAAGCUAUGGAAGCAAUAUGGAAACACUGAUAAUAGGGAUAUAAGUAACAUACUUAAACUGCUUAAGAGAAGAAAGAAAAAAAAAAAAAAAAGAAAAGAAAAAGAAAAGGAAAAGCUAGAGCAAAAGCAAGUGCAAAAGCAAAGACAAGAACAAAUGCAAAUAAGCGGUAUUUCAAUUAGUGAAAUGAUACAAUUUCCAAACAAAAAUGAACCCCAAAAAAAUGCGCUUAUAAUAGGUAAAAAGCAAGUGAAGGACUUUCGCAUAUAUAACAUCAUAAAGCCAUUACAACAUCAUAAAUGGGGUAAAAAUGAGGAUGUUCGUAAGUUAGUUAAACUAACAGAUAGCAUUAAUGUAAGUAAUAGACACAAUAGUAACAGUAACAAUAAUGCCAACAACAUAAGCAACAACCGCAAGAGUAAUUGUAAGAGUAGCGAAAUAGAGGCUCAUUCGAAUCACAAGGAUGUGGAAAAUAUUUCCGCCCAUGAUGUAAACGUAAAAUAUGUAGUGUGCAAAAGAAAAAGGAAAAUAGCAAAAUUAAACGAACUGUUAGUAGAAGAAGAAAAUGUAGAGAAUAAUAUCAAUGUAAAGAAGUAUAAUAAUAAUGAUGAUACAUGUUGUCCUAUCUAUAUCAAAAAAAUAAGAGAAAAUAACAGUAGCAUAUUUGCAAAACAUAGAGGAGUUACUUUUUUUAAACAGGAUUUUAUUAAUAAUUUAAAAAAAGAACUAAAAAGACAUAUAAAAAUUUAUAUACAUAAGAAAAUUUUAAAUGGAAAAAACGUUACAAGCUAUAAAGAUAAAAAAAAUAAUAAUGCACGUUUACAUACUAUUAUGAGACGUAUAAAUGGUGGUUACAUUCAACAUAACCCUGUUCUUUUUUUUAAUAGUUAUGAAUUUGAAAAUAUGAGCAAUAUUUAUUACUCCUACUUGUCUAUUUUAUUUAAAAAAUUUGUAAAUUAUUAUCUAUUUGCAUGCAAAUGGAAAUGCAUAAAAGGUUAUGGAGAAAAAGAUUUUUUAAAAAAAAUUAUUUACAGUAGCAAUAUGCGUUAUUUCUUUAUGUUAUAUGGUUUUAUUGCUAUUAAUAAAUUCUAUAAUGAAUACGCUAGAAUAUAUUACCUCAUGUGUUUGAAGCGAGAUGUAAAUAUUUGCCUAAUUCGAAACGGAAGAGGUAGUAUAAAGUGGGGCCAGGACGAUGCAAAGGGUAAUAUUGUUAGUAUUAGUACUUCAAGGUUUUCUAAACUUAGUGAGCAGAAAGAUGGUAGUGAUCAUGGCGACAAUGAAUACAAUAAUUACGACGUGAGUUGCAUGAACAGAAUUACUGUAGACAAAAGAUUUAUUUUAAUGGGAGAAUGCACUGACCGUAUUACAAAUAAAAGAAAAGUCACUCCUUUUUAUACAAAUGGUGAGAAAGAGGAAAUAAGGAGGCGUGGGAAUAAAUAUAUUAACAAGAGAAGCGACAACAUAUUAGAACAUGUUAAGGAUCAUAUUAAUUUUGAUGAUGCAUAUUAUGGUAAUGGGAAGAAAAUAACUACAAGGGAUUGUAUUUGUAGGUUAAGUGGAAAUAAUUGGAGACACUUCAGUGGAAGUAACUACACAAAUAAUGAUAGUAACUGUAACAAUGAGAACGGAAAUCAAAGAGAAAGUAGCGAAUGUGAGAAUAACGGUAAUGGAAGUUAUAACAAUAGUGAAAAUAGUAACAGGCAUAGUAGCAGCGGUGGUAGGAAUUGUAAUAACAGAAGUAAUAGUAGUAGUGGCGAUAACAAUGAUGAAAACAAUGGAGGACAGGGGAGUGGAGGCAGAGGAAGUGGGGAUAGAGGUAAUGGAGACAGAGGUAAUGGGGAGAGAGGAAAUGGGGACAAAAAUAAUGAUGGAGAUAAGAACAAUAAGGAGAAUAAAAGUAGCAGUAGCAACAAUAGUAAUGACAAUGAAAACGAAAAUGAUACUAAGAAUGGGGAUCAAAAUGGUAGUAAGAAUGAGAGCCAAAAUGGCAGUACGAAUGGGGAUCAAAAUGAUAGUAAGAAUGAAAACCAAAAUGGCAGUACGAAUGGGGACCAAAAUGGCAAUACGAAUGAGAGACAAAAUGGCAAUACGAAUGAGAGACAAAAUGGCAGUACGCAUGAGGGUCAAAAUGGCAUUACGAAUGAGGGUCAAAAUUGUGUGGAUAAGGAAAAUAAACAGGGGAACAAUAAUAUGAGUAUUCAGAAGAACGAGCACGAAAAUUAUUACAAAUUAAUAAGGGAAAUUGAAUUUUUAGAAAAAAAUGAGAACAUGAAGGAAUGUUUGAAUAAAGAAAAAAACGAAGGCACAGAUACUUUUUUAUAUGGAGAUACAAAAGAAAGGAAGUUAAUGAAUGCGGAAAAUUUUAUUGUGAGACAAGAGAAGGGCAAUGUGGAAAAUGAAGAGGAAGAGUCCAGUGUAGAAGUAAACACACUAUUAAAUAAGGAAACUCCCUUUUUAGACAUAAAUCAAAUAAUUAUACAUACAUCGUCAAAUUGUGUUAAUCAGCCGUUAAAAUUGCCAUUGCUUCCAGAAAUGAGUCACCCAAAUUCGUUUUCUUCUCACUCGCCGCGUUCUAUUAAUGUGUGCAGUAGUGGCAGUGCCAGCGGUGGUAGUAAUAGUGGAAGUAGCAGCAGUAGCAGUGGCAGUAGUAGUAGCAGCAGUAACAAAAGUAGCACGCCUAAGAAUUAUACUAAUCAGUUGAAUGACCCCGAUUUUGAGGAGGCAUGCGACAUUAGACUAAUGAAUACACCAGAAAAUAUGAAAUUUUCUCAAUCCCCUCCAACGAGCUCACUACAUGCAUCAUGUUUACAUUUAACAGAUGUGAACGAGUUGGUAUUAUCUCCUAAUCAACAGAUGUAUUCUAAUAGUCCCAUAAAAUCACCUAAUACUCCUCUUACACCAACAUCCCCCCUUUUUGAAUCAAAUUAUAAUGCGGAAAAUAUUGAGAAAGUGAACUCGAAUUAUUUGGUUUCCUCUCCAUAUAGAAAUGAUAUAUUUUCAGAGUUUGAUAUGUUAGGUUCUUUUUUUGAAUCACUAGAUGAGUUAGAAAAUAGAAGCGAUUGUACAGAAAGUAGUAGUAAUGAUAAUGGUAAGCAUGGUAACGAUUUUUCCUUAGAUAUGAAUACCCAAAGAACGAAAAAGACCAAUAUACAAAAAGAUGAAGUUAUUUAUAAUUUUAAAAAAGACAAUUAUAAGAAGGUUUUUCAUGCUUGGUGUAAUAAAGGAAAACAUGAAUUAAAUUAUGAUAACAAAAAAUUUACCUCUGUUAUGGAAUGGAUCAAUUAUGUGGAGGAGUUAAUGUUUCAUGAAGAAGAGGGGAAAAAUAAAGGGCUAGAAGAUGAGGAGGAUAUGAAAACCGAUACACCUCUUAGCUGUUUUAAUGAAGAAAACGAUGGUCAUGUUAGCGAUAAUAUUAACAGCAACAUUAAUGGUAAUAUUAGUGGUAAUAUUAGUGGUAAUGUUAGUGGUAAUAUUAGUGGUAAUGUUAGUGGUAAUAUUAGUGGUAAUGUUAGUGGUAAUAUUAGUGGUAAUGUUAGUGGUAACGUUAGUGGCAAUAUCAGCGGCUAUAUCAGUAGCUAUAUCAGUGCCAAUUUUAGUGACAAUAUGUGUGAGUAUGAUAACGAAAAUGAUACAGGUGCAGAUACGAUAGAACAUAUGGACAGCCAUGAUGAAUAUUAUAAGGAUAACGAUGUACAUAACUUUGGAGUAAACUCAUUUAACGUAAAAAAUAUAAACAUUUAUGGUGACGAUAAUUAUGAGAAUAGACAUGAUGAUCAUUCUCAUGAAAAUAAUCAAAUGUUUGUAGAUGCGAUGAAUAGCAACAGUCACUAUAAUGAUUCGUUUUCUAACAACAAUGGAUGCAGGGAAAAUUUAUUGCCACAGUAUAACAGUGCUGAAGAUAACAUUACGUAUAAUGAUGAUUUUAAGCAAAAUGAUGAUAACUGCUUUUCCAGUUAUUUAUUAAAUAAUGAACAGCUUCGGAAUAAUUCUUGUGGCGUUAUUGGCGGUGGUAGUUCUAAUGGUAACGCUAUUGAUAGUAAUUGCUUUGUUUGGGAUUAUGACUUAAGCGAAAAAGAGGAUGUUAAUAAUAACAAUAGUAAUAGCAAUAGCAGCAACAAUACAUCUGCAGUUAGUAACAGCAAAGACAACGAUUUUGAUAUUAAUGUUGUUGGAGAAGGAAGUAUAAAAACGCAAAAUAGCACGUCCAGCGAGAAUAUAAUUUCGUCAAAUUUUGUAGGAUAG